UGUCACUGACGUUCGAGGCCUUCCUUCCCUCUCAGCGUCCUCCAGAGUGAAAUUGCCCCUUCGGAAUUCUCUGUAUCACCUGAAUAUGGUCGUACGAUGAGGACAAUCAUUCUUUAACGCAAGCGUAAUUUCUUCUAAGCACUAGUCUAUGCUUAAACCACGCGUAAAAUUGCCCUUAUCUCACUACGUGCACUCAUGGGCAUGUAUCAACAUGAAAAAACUUGCAGCCUCCUGCGUCCGUUUGUUAAGUCACAUUGCAAAACUUUUAUAGCCCCUUUGUAUAU